AUGAUGAAAGUUAUCCUUGUUUCCUUGUUGGCGGCCACCGCUGCGGCUUUUUCGGUGGUCCCCGCUGUGAACAGCAAGACUUCCAAGACUGCACUCUUCUACUACAACUACCAGGAUCAUUCUCACUUCGAUGUUACUGGAAAGCAAGGAAUUGAGAUGACCGAAACUAGCGGUGUUGCCUUGGUUCAGGGUGGUUCGGAUAUUGGAUAUGCCAUGGGCGCCGAAUGGCCCGAAUGUGACGUUGACGAUCUCAACUGCAUGGCUAUUGAACCGGAAUGCGAUGUCAUUGGUGAACAAGGAUGUUUGGUGAACAUGGAACAGAUCGGUACCUACAGGGUUCAGGGCGGCACUCACAAUGAGUGGACCACGGGCAAAUGGUCUCUUCCCCACUACAACCAGUUCUAG